AUGGCAUUGUCUUCCUACUUCUCAACCAGAACAGAAUUCGAAUCUUGCUUACAAAAUUUUUAUGAAGAAACUGAGACGUCUCUUUUUAAGGGAACGCAAUGGACAUGGGAGACACAACCAAUACUAAAACAUGCCUAUAUAAAAAGAAAGUCUUUUAUUGUAUCAAACACAAGACCAAAACCACCACCCCUAGAAGAAGAUUUGUUGGUCGUUGAAGAACUUGACCCAGCAGCUGUUGAAAUUGCUCAUUCUGUAAUGAUUCAGCUAGAGCAUCACGUUGUGUAUUCCACCAGUUACCAGGUGCCAGUACUAUAUUUCAGAGCUUUAUAUGAAGAUGGGACACCUCUUUCAUUACAGGAAGUUUAUCAGCAAGUAGUGCCUGACAUGUAUCAUGACCAAGUGAUUAUAACACAAACAGAACACCCUUUACUGGGCACGCCAUUUUGGUUUAUUCAUCCAUGUGAUACACGAAAAUUAAUGAACACUAUUCAAUUUGAAUAUAGAAACUAUAUAAAAACCUGGUUAUCGUUCAAUGGACCUGUUGUACGCUGCCAGAUUCCAAAAGAACUGUUUGGAACAGUUAUGGAUGAGUAA